AUGGCGGAAGAGGAGUUGCGCGGACUGGCGCUGACUGCUGGGGGAAAGUGGGAGGAGCGGGAGGGGGCAGCGGCACAUGGGCGGAUGAUGGAUGGGGGUGGCAUGGGAGGGGGGGGAAUGGAUGGGGGGGGAAUGGAUGGGGGGGGGAUGAAUGGGGCAAUGAUGGAUGCUCUGUUGGAAGCUUAUGAUGCUGGCGGUGCUAUGUUGCAUGGUGAAGCGAUGAUGAUGGAUGGGGGGAUGGGGGUGGCAGGGAUGGGUAUGAUGGGAGGGGAUGGCAUGGCAGGCGUGCAAUGCACGCAGCAGGUCAUGGAAGGGGCACAGGCAGCAGCACGUGCCAUGUGGAUGGGCGCUAGUCACGCCACGUGUCGCGCUGCUAUUGGCGGCAGCAGCAGUGCAACCAUGGUGGUGCAUGGCGCGGGGAGCAUGGGGAGAGGGGGGGCACAUGCAGGGGGGGUGGGCGCACAUGGGGGGGGAGUGGGCGCGCAUGCAUGGGCGGUGGAGCGCGCCAUACGAGAGGGGCUGCGCCCCCACGCGUCCACGUCCUUCAAAACCGCUGCCAGGUUCGAUUUCCUUCCCACACUCCCCGCACACUAUGCACCGCACCGCACCGCUCACUUCCUCGGCAUUUCCUUUUGCUGA